UGCAACUUCAACUCUCGUACCCGUGUCACAACACAACCAACAGCGCCCUACCCGAGGCGCAUAGCCCACGUCACAAUGCAACUCAAACCCGCCGUCCUGCUAAGCUCGCUCCUGACAUCGCUCCCCUCCGCCAUCCUCGCCGCCGCCAAACCGACCAUCGCAGAAACAACAGUCACGCUGCACAUCCCGCCCUCUCCGCCCGUGCUCGCCAACCCGCACCUCCUACCCCCUUCAACCCAUGCCACGCUCACAACGCUAGGCAAGGCCCUGUCCGCGCCGCUCUCCACCGCUAACACCUUUGUCUUCCACAACGUCACGCCGGGUUCCUAUCUCGUGGACGUGCACUGCCCCACGCACGGGUUCGCGCCACUGCGGCUGGACGUUACCCGCCCCACUGAGGACGAGGCAAGGGAUGAUGUAGGCGGCAGCGCGUUGAGGUUGAGGGUGAGAGCGUGGGAGACAUACCGGGGCAACGACUGGGGCAACAAGGGGGAGGCGGUGCCGGUGCGGGAGGGAGGCGUGCUGGAUGUGCGCGUGCAGGGACAGAAGGGGUAUUUUGUGGAGAGGAGUUCAUUCUCGGUGCUGAGCAUAUUCAAGAACCCGAUUAUUUUGUUGAGUCUGGUUAGUAUGGGGUUGUUCUUUGGGAUGCCUAAGCUGGUCGAGAAUAUGGACCCGGAGAUGCGCGCCGAGUGGGAGGAGCGGCAGAAGGAGAACCCCAUGAAUGCGAUCAUGGGCGCCGCGUCGGGUCAAAAUGCAAACCCCAUGGGCAACUUUGAUAUGGCUGCCUUCUUGGCUGGGUCGUCGUCGAAUAAGGCGGAAGAGGCAAACGAGGCUAAAGAGGGUAGUGGGAAGGGAAAGGGGGAGAGUAGGAAGAAGAGGUAUGCUUAGUUGCAUGGCGGGUGACGGUGUUGGAAACGAGGUGGUCUGGUGUAUAAGUACUUACUGGGUAACAUGACGCAUAGAGAUUGAAGCAUAGAGCUUGCCUUUCCAUGGGUCAUCUCACUGCCAUCGAUGUAGCUAGCAUUCGAGUGCGGAUAUCUGACGUUCCUCAACAGAGCCAGAAGCGUAUGAAGGGGCUUACAGUAGCGGAAAACCGGUCUCCUAUACAGUCCCAACGCCCACUUCUGGGCAGCCGCAGCACCAUUGACAGAGUCCAAGUAUCUAGGUAUUUGAUUCCAAGUAUAGAUAGCCACGCGUGAGGGAUCGGUGGGUUCA